AUGGCCGCCACUGAUGCUGUACAAACGGUGACGCGCCCUCUUGACAGAGGCUCCGGCGUCACCACUCGCAAGGCGACGUUGGGCAAUGUCCGUCUCAGAGAUCAGGAAAACAACGAAAUCAUCCUAAUUCCUACGCCAUCCUCUGACCCAAAUGACCCGCUGAACUGGUCGCAAUGGCGCAAAAAGUACGCUGCGAUUGUCUUGUGCGUGGCCAUGGCCAUGUGCAAUUUUUUGGCGGCCGGCCCGUCAAUCGCAAUUGUCCAGACAGCAAUGGACUUCUUUCCCCAGGCAGCUCAGGAUGGUAGUCUCAUAACUUAUGCCAUCCCCAGAGUCGCGUAUUUCUUUACCUCAACGUCGCUGUUGCAGGGCAUGGGCAAUCUCUUUUGGAUUCCUGCUGCCAACAAAUGGGGUCGGAGGCCCAUCUAUAUCGCCAGCUACGCAAUAUAUUUUGCGACGGCUGUUUGGCUCAUCUUUGAGAAGUCAUAUGCUGGAUUCCUUGUUGGGCGCAUCCUGAUGGGCUUCGGCGCCGGUGCGGCAGAAACCCUUGCACCAGUUACCAUCACCGACCUGUUUUUCCUGCAUGAACGCGGAGCCAUCAUGUCCGCCUAUACUUGCUUCCUCUCCAUUGGCGUCGCUUUUGGCAUGAUUGUUUCAGGAGGUAUUACUGCCAACAGCGAUUGGCGAACAAUCUAUGAAGUCAGCUCUGCCUUGAUUGGCUUCGUCCUUCUCCUUCUGUUCUUCACGCUCCCGGAAACGGCAUAUAAGCGGGUUGGAGCCAGCAAACAUAUCUCUCUGGGAUCUUCUGAUGCCCUGGGAAGUGCCGCAAGCCAAAACAGUGACGCUGAGACUGGUCGAUCCACUGUCGCCAGGCAAACAUACUGGCAAUCGCUCAAGGUCUUCCGCCGACAGCCUUUGACGAAUGAGAGCAUAGUGAAGAUGAUGAUGCGACCAUUCGCUCUGAUUCUUUUGCCGUCGGUACUCUGGGCGGCUCUAGUCCUAGCUGUAACUAUCGGCUUCCUCGUAGCUGUCACGUCGAAUGUUGACCCUGCUUUUGAGGAGGCCUACCGCUUUCAGCCGUGGCAAGUUGGGUUGUGCUUCUUUGCAGCCAUUAUAGGCUCCAUACUUGGUCUUCCGGCGGGAGGCAAACUCGGCGACUUAUGCGCAGACUAUCUCACGAGGCGGAAUGGAGGUAUCCGAGAGCCGGAGAUGCGACUUCCCACCAUCAUGAUUUCCGCCAUCACAACACCCCUGGCUCUCGUGCUCUAUGGGGUUGGCAUUCAGCAUCACCUGAGUUUCAUCUGCCCAACUAUCGGCUUGGCAUUAUUGAACUUCUCUAUUACACAGGCCAGCACUGUCUGCAUCGUCUAUGUGAUUGACUCUUAUCGCCCUGUUGCAGGCGAAGUUACCCUCGCCGUCAUGGGCUUUAAAUCACUUUUUGGAUUUUUGCUGUCUUUCGAGACGAACCCUUGGAUUAACAAGUCCGGGUAUCAGAAUGCAUACGGCGCCAUGGCUGGCAUCUCUACGGCUGUCAUCAUACUAUGGAUUCCACUGUAUUUUUGGGGCAAGGUGCUCCGAACCAAAACAUGGCGGUGGCGCAUCAUGACACUGGUACACUGGGCGGACGAUCGCGAGGUUGGCGAAUGA